CCUCACCUCGCCCCGACGGCGGCCUCCGGGAGUCGGCACCCGCCCGUCGCGCCGCCUCGCCACCGUACCACCCGCCGCCUCCUCUGCAACCUCGGCCCACCGGGCGGACCCGGCCCAGGUCACUGGCGGCCCAGGCGCAGAACCUCUGGGGACUUUGACUGGGGAAGGAUCCCGGUGUGUGGUUAAUAGUACAGGCUGGGAACCAGGAAGCCCUGAAGUCAACGGGAGGACCCAAUCAACGUCGAGAGCGUAGGCCCCACCUAUCGAGGUCCCUGCUGCGGCCGUAGUGCGUCCGGACCUGCUGGUUGGCUCCGGUCUAGAGGCGCGGGGGUCCGUAGGCCCUGAGGCCAGGGUCCAACCUGGCUUUCCGGGAUGUCGGUGGCCUUCGUACCGGACUGGCUGAAAGGCAAGGCGGAAGUCAAUCAGGAGACGAUCCAGCGGCUCUUGGAGGAGAAUGACCAGCUCAUCCGCUGUAUCGUGGAGUAUCAGAACAAAGGCCGGGCGAAUGAGUGCGUCCAGUACCAGCAUGUGUUACACAGAAAUCUCAUUUAUUUGGCUACCAUCGCAGAUGCCAACCCAACCAGUGCUUCAAAAGCAAUGGAAUAAUCUUUCAGUUUGUCAUGAGGAGUAAUUGAGUGUAAUCCAUGUCCUAUGAAGUAAAGACAGGAUCUUUACCAACUCAACUGCUUAAAACAUGGAUGAACCCUUGUGGCUCUUUUAAAAAUGUGAAAAUGUGAAGAAAGCUACUAAAUGAACUAUAUUCUCAGUGUAAAUAUUUAUUUUAAUAAUUAAGCAGAUUAAGUUGACUCCAGAUGUUCUCUUUUCUGAAAUGGGCAUGUUUGGAUUACAGAGAUAUCAUGGGCAUCUUCAAUUCUGCCUUUUCAGUUUCAACAUGAAGAUGAAACUGAUUAGGUGGUGGGCAAUCAACAGCAACUGGCGAGCCUCCUAACUGAGGCGCUGCCAAAUGGACGUGUAACUGUGUGCUCCCCCCUACCAGUUGUAGUCGUGGACCUAACCAUUGUUUUCAGGUUGCUUUGAAAUAAAGCUUGCCUUUCCACAGAACA